UUUCAAUCCAACUCUCCUUCUCAUUCCUUCGUCCUUGCUCUUCUUCAUCUCAAACCCCAAAUCCUCAAACCCUAGCUCUACUACUAACCCUAGCACCUGAAUCCAAUGAUCUGAGAUCGUUCGGCGGCGACUGCGGCGUCGACGGCAACGAUGGCAUCCUCCUUCUUCGAGAUCCGGCUCUUCUACGUCCGGAUCUCCCCGUGCUCGAUCGACACCGUUCCUUCAUCCCUAACCCUAACUCAUCUCCGCCGUCCAAUUGGAGUCUGCCUCGAGAUCAACGGCUCAAAGAUCCCCUCCUUCGAUCAAACCUCUCUCCUCCUCCGCCGCGAUCGGAUCGACCGCGAGACGUUGGAAGUGACCUACGUCAGCACCGACGGCGUCAAGCUCACUGGCCCCGUAGAUUUCGAGGUGAUCGAUGAUCGAGGUAACCUAAUCCUUUGUGGAUCGCUGGAGAAGAUGGGGGCGGCGUGGAGCAACGGGAGUAUUGGAUCCGAUAAGGAUCCGAAAACGGGGUGGAGCAUGGAUUGUUAUUUGGCGGCGUCGAUUAAUGGAUCGGGUGUGUUACAGCCGAAGUUGGGGAUUGUGAAUCCGUUGAUUGAGGUUUAUGUGGCUGGAUGUUUCGGUGGAGUUCCGUUGAUCUUGACGCAGACUGUGCAGAUGAGUCCGAGGAAAAAAGUGAGGCCAGGGGUUUUGGAUUCGAUACCGGAGGAUGCGGAGAGUGGUGAGAGGGUUAAUGGGAGGAGUAAUGGUUUGGUUCUGCGACGGACGACCACAUCGGUAUCAGAAGGGGAUUCUGACGAUGGUUAUGAUUCAGACACCAAGGUUGGACCCACAUACUAUCCCGAAGGUUGGUACAUGGAUGAAGAUGGUCAGCUCUCAUGGUUUAACGCUGGUGUCAGAGUCGGAGUUGGUAUAGGCUUAGGAAUGUGUGUUGGACUCGGGAUUGGUGUUGGACUCCUCAUGCGCUCAUAUCAAGCAACCACCAGAAGUUUCAAAAGGCGGUUCUUCUAAAGAUCUGGCGUUUUCUUGCAGAAAUUGCUUUGAGAAAAGCUCCUCUGCUGCCUGCAAUGUAGGCUCCAGUUUUGGCACGCCACUGUACAGUAAGCCUUAGAAUCAUAAGUUUUCUUUUCUGAGUAGUCUGUUUGUCUAUCUCAUUUCUUUGUGAGGGAGUUACAUGCAUGUGGGAUGAGAUAGGGAAAGUUUCAGGUAAAGCACAGAAAUCUAACCAGAACAGAAUUUUCAGGUUUGCGGGAUUGCGUGGUGUGUUUGCUGUAAGUAUGUGCACUUGGAAGAGGCUAACCAUGCCUGUGUGUUCAUCUUGUGUAUGAAAUAAGCAUCCCUGUUGAAUUUAUUUUAUUUAACCCAUGUCAUCCCAAUCAUUGAUUAGGGGUUUCUAUAUCGCUCAUGCGUUUGUUUAUUUCUUUAAUGUCUUUUUGGUCAUGUAAGUUUGCUUGUGUUCCAUCUUGUGCAGUAAUCUCAGGUAACUUCAUGUGACAA